AUGGUCAACUUCUACGACGAGGUCGAGAUCGAAGACUUCGCCUGGGACCCUUCAGCCAAAGUUUUCCACUAUCCCUGUCCAUGUGGGGAUCGUUUUGAGAUCACAAAGUCUCAGCUUCGUGAUGGUGAGGAGAUUGCGACCUGCCCAAGCUGUAGUUUGAUUAUCCGGGUUGUUUAUGACUAUCUCGACUGGGAGGAUUAUACGACCACAGACGAAGAAGACAAUGCAUUGGACCGGACUGUCGACAAAGAACGACCAGAAAUUUCGACGCCUCCUAAACUUCCCAUUCAUUCCACUUCCGCCGCAGAUGAUGACGUGGUACAACAGGUCGUCAAGGAUACAGCCAUGCCUUCGACCAUUGUUGUCCCUCGCGAAGGCAUAGGCAACGGGGCUUGAGGUAGACGACCGCUCGUCCUGAUCUACUUCGACAGGUGGCCAUUAAAAAGAAGCCUUGUAGUUAUAUCCCGGACAGCCAUCACAAUCCAUGCAUUUACUCGUCUGAUUUG